AUGGAGGAGGUGCAGGAGGUGGAGGGACUUGCCGGGUGGCUGGAGAAGCUCAGCCUGUCCCACUAUUCGGUGGCAGCCCGGGAGUGGUGUUCCGGCAUGGGGGCCGCGACCGUGGAAGAGAUCGAGGAGAACUGGGAGGAGUUCAGCGAUGCGCUGAAUCUCAAGUACCUGGAGCGCCGCCGCUUGCAGUUGUGUGCCGGCCCGCUAAGUGAAGCAGCCACGCCUCAAGCGAGAGACAACGCAGACGAAGAGGAGGAAGCAGAUGAGUCAUCCUACCGCUACUGGGCCGCGGAAGAUUUCUCGGCCGAGCAAGAGGCGGAGCAUCCCUUCUUCAUGUCGUCAUCCAGCAGCAAGCGGGGGGAGUUGCAAAACUUUGGUGAUCCAGACCAUCCCUACACCAUCCUCAAAGAGCUUGGUCAUGGGAUGACGGCUACGGUUUACAAGUGCCGGAGAGACGAUCAAGUUUUCGCCGUCAAAGCGAUCGGCUUGUCCAGGCUACAGAUGCAACGCGACAAAGAAAAGGCGUUGGAGCGGCUACGGAGGGAGUCUGCCAUUCUCUUCUCCAUGCGCCAUCCGCACGUGGUGUCCCUGUACGAUGUGCACGAAACCUUUGAAAGGCGCUUCUUGGUCAUGGAGUUUGUCGAUGGGGGUGAACUCAUUGAUGAGAUCGACACGAAUGGCCCUCUUCCGGAACAUGAGGCCAGGUACGUUUUUCUACAAAUCGUACUUGGUCUCAGAUAUAUUCACUCCAAGGGUGUGGUGCAUCGAGACCUGAAGCUGGAGAAUGUCUUGGUGGACAAAGUUCUGUCCCAGCCGGGCCUCCUCCAGGUCAAAAUCUCGGACUUCGGGCACUCCAAGCUGGUGAAUGAUGGCUACAGCAGGCCGUGGUCCCAGGUCUGCGUUGUCGGCGGUGCCGGUGGCAUUGGCCAGCCUCUGAGCAUGCUCAUGGCCAUGGAUCCGAAUGUCUCGGAACUCUGCGUGUACGACCUCACGCUGGCCAUGGUCCCGGCAGAGGGUGUCGCCGCCGACCUGUCACACCUGAACAAGAAGUGCAAGGUUAAGGGCUACGCCUUCGACAAGGACGACAAGGCCAUCGACAAGGCCGGUGAGUGCCUCGGUGGCUGCCACUUGGUCCUUGUCCCGGCCGGUGUGCCCCGAAAGCCUGGGCAGGACCGAAAGGACUUGCUCAACAUCAACGCAGGCAUUGCAAAGAACAUCGUGGAGGCAUGUGCAAAGCAUUGCCCCGAGGCAGUGGUUGGUCUGAUUGUGAACCCGGUCAACUCCGUGGUGCCAGCCAUGUGCGAGCUGUGGAAGAAGAAAGGCUUGAACCCGGCCAAGAUUGUGGGCGUCACAACCUUGGAUGUCGUGCGGGCGGACAAGUUUGUGCACGAGAUGACCGGGCUUCCCAUGGAUAACAUCGGUGUGCCGGUGAUUGGUGGCCAUGCUGGCACCACGAUCCUGCCCUUGUUCUCCCAGUGCCAGGUGGGCAAGACCAUCCCAGCGGACAAGGUCCCGGACCUUGACAAAAAAGUCCAGGAUGCCGGCACCGUCGUCGUGGCAGCCAAGAACGGCAAGGGCAGCGCCACCCUUUCCAUGGCCUACGCAGGGGCUCGCCUUGGCAAGGCAGUGCUCGCCGGCUUGAACGGUGAGGUCUCCAUAGAGUGCGCCUACGUUGAGUCGAAGGUCACAGACCUGCCAUACUUUGCGUCCAAGGUGACCUUUGGCAAGCAGGGCGUGGAGACCGUUCAUCCGAUCGGGGAUUUGAAUGCGUACGAGCAGGGACGCCUGGAUGCCCUCAUGCCAAUCCUCAAAGAGGAGAUCGAAGCAGGUCUGGAGUAUGCCAAGGACAUGAGUGAGAAUGGGUGCGUUGUGAUUUUGAGAUGCGCUGCCUGCUUGGAAGGAGAACGAGUUCGCUGCGUGAGUUUUCAUAUCUGUUUCGAGGGCUUUAGCCCGGCGGCCUAUAGCAAAGUUGCCAAUGCUUCGGCGGGCGGCUACGACGAGAGGAUCGAUCUUUGGAGCUUGGGGGUAAUCCUCUAUGUGCUCGUGGAGGGAGUGCUUCCCUUCCCCAGUCGUAGCCGCUGCGACAUGCCGAAGCUGGUCUUUCAGGAGGAUUGCAAGCUGAGCAACCUGGCCCGACAUUUGACUUGGAGCCUCAUGCGGAUCAAGCCUGAGGACCGCUUAUCACUGGACGACUGCCUCUCGCACCCUUGGGCGAUGAGCUCCGGGCUUGUGGGGCAAGUGGUUCAGCUCUGUGAAGCGCACUCCCGCCGCGAGCGCGGCGAGCGGGAGCGGCGCGCCGUCCUGCCGCGCGACCCGAAGAACGUGCGCAAGCUUCGCAAAAAGCUGCAGGAGCUCACCCUGAGCUCCAAGUACCCUAUGUCUUUGCGUGCGCGCAGGGAGGUAGCCCUGUGCUUCAGAGAGGCUGAUGACCCCGAGAGUGUCAACGCAGCUUGGCAGGACCUGCAGGCUGUUCUUCAAUCCGAGUUCCGAGGGAAUCUCCAAAGCUAUGAGGUAGCCCUGGAUGCCACCGCGCUGCUCUGCGAGCGGCGUGGCAGCCAGCAAAGCCUGGGCUUCUCAGAGGAGAGGAUUGAUGAGCAGGACUCGGAGCUCGAAGCCCUCGUUGCGAUGUUCCCAGACUGCGUGGAGGCUGCCACCGGAAAGUUCGCUUCAGCUCCUAGGCAUGUGGAGGUGUCACUCAAGGGCGAGCAGCACAACCUCUGGCUUCGGCUUGAGUUGCCGCAUACGUACCCUUCAGGAAGCCGCCCACCUGAGCUGACCCACAUGAUGGUGCACGAACGGCUGGACUCGCCCUGGCCACUCGAAGCGCAGGAGAGGCUGCGGAGGCACAUCCGGGACUUCCUCAGUGGCCAGGUUAUGGGCGCAGCCCCUCAAGGAAAGGGCUUGCACAUGUUCGUUUGUUGGCUGCAAGAGCACCUCCUCGACUACCUCAGCGGGCUGGCGGAACCCGUGGAGGAGCUGUCGCCUGCUCAAACCGUGCUGGAGCCAGACAAGGACCCGGCCAAUGAAGCAUCCGACAGUUCAGUCCCGGCCACACCCAGCACGACCUCCAGAACGGAGGAGUUUGCGCGUGUUUCGGUGAUUGCACACCACCAUGACGAGAAAAUGGAUGCAACAGGUCUUAACUCUGACAGGCUGCGGCCAAGCCUUCGAGGAAAGGCCUUCUUUACGCACCUCAAAGGGAAGUUCUCACAGAUCACCGGGUUCUUGAGCUUUGGCAAGCCGGCCCUGCUGCUGGCCGAGGGACCGGAGAACGACUUGCACAAUCUUAUUCAAGAGGCCAGGAAAUUUCCGAAGUGGUGGGAUGUGGACGUCAAAAUGUUUGACCGACGGAGAGCAGUGGACACAAGCGCAUGGCGAGCGUUCACGGACUUUAGAAAGGUCAAGACGGAGGACAUCGAUGCCAUCUUGAAAGCCCUUCCAGCAGAGCAUUGCAAGCUCUACGAGGACGUGCUCGUUGGCACAACCUUGGACCAGAAGAAGCGGGAAAAAGCUCGCAAAUCGUCGAAGAAGUAG